UCUGGUGUCAUGUGAUUCUUAUGUACUGCUCUUUGGCGGAUGUUUGUUUUAUAUGAAUGAUGGUGAAGAACUUUAGGUAGUUAACUGGGUGAUUUGGUAUAUUUUGCAGCCGCACCCAAUUGUAGCAGUAAGCUUGGAUAUCCUUCUCGUAAAGCAUUUUAGGGAAGCUGUCACGGAAUUGUGUUACUUAUUUAAAUACUUGGAUGUUUAAGGCUAACUUGCCCCAUCCUUUUUUGAAUUCUAAGAAUAAAAAACGAAAUCUUAGAAAUCGUAGAAUUCCAAGUAUUAUGUCAAAACGCACAAACUCGGCGAAAUCUAUCGAAAAUGAUGAACUUGGAGGAGGUACAGAUGAGAUGAAUCCUUUUUCCUUCAAAGAAUUCAUUCGGAACAAAAACCAGUCUUCAAGCAUCAUGGAAUGUGAGGAAGGAAAGAAGAGUGUCCUGUUUCAGAAGAAGGUUUCUGCUGGAGCAUUUGUGGAAGAAGAGGGCUGCUUCUCUCCACAAAACUUUGAUAUUGACCAACAAGAGCCCUUCUUCAGUGAUCCCACUCCAAUUCCACAGUCUCUGGACAAUGAGUUGGAGGACUGGAGUGGAAGCUACCGGCCCUCUGCUGUUGAGGCUGCACAUGAAUUCAGACUGGAAAGUAGUAGUUUUUCAGCACUAUCCUCUCGGGUGACAGAUGAGGGGGAGGAAACUGAGCCUACUUGGCUUGAUGAAAGGUACUUACAGGAUGACUGCCAGACUAGGAAGAGCACAGAAAGCUAUGAAGAGGACUUGGACAUCUCCACUGAAGAUGCCCUGUUCCAGAACAAGAACUCAAGCUGGAGUCUACAAAAGCUGAGACAAGAGAAUGCACAACUGAGGAAACAUGUGAAAGAGCUGAUGAGAAGGUCUGAGGCUGAUAAUCACAGGAUUCGCCAUGUGAUGGAUGAGUUGCAUAAACGAAGAGUGCAGGAGGAAAAGGAAGCACAGGACUUGGAGACUAUGGUGCACUCUGUGGAAAGGAACCUGCAGCAGAUGACGAAACGAGCAAUAAAGGCUGAAAAUAAUGUUUCAAAGCUUACACAGGAGCUCCUCCAGUUACAGGUAACCAAAAAUCCCAAGGCAACAAUGUCCUUUUUAAGGUCCACUGUGACAUUAUGAAGUUCCUGCUGCUUCCUGUCCGUUAACUAGUCUUCGAUCGAAGCUGCUACAGUUCCUAGAAUCCCUGAAGCUUUGAGCUUAAACAGGAGCCAUUUGUGGGGGACAACAUCAAAGGCCUUCUGGAAAGCUAAGUAGAUCACAUCGUAGGCCUUUUUGUGAUAAAUUCUUCUUGCAGCUUCCCCAAAGAACUCAAGUAGAUUAGUUAAACAGGAUCUACCUCUCCUAAAUCCAUGUUGGCUAUCCCUCAGAAUGUUAUUUUAAUCUACAGUAUCAUUUUCACUUGGCUUUACUUCCAUUACUUUUCCUGUUAUGCAAGUUAAACUGAUUGGCCUACAGUGUGCUAGAUUACUUCUAUCCCCUUUUUUGAAUAUGUGCAUUAUACAGGAUUAGCAUGCUUAAAUUAAAGGUUGGCUAAUAAUAUCCCUCAUCUCUUUAAAAACUAUAGGUAAAAUGGCAUCAGGGCCCUGCAAUUUAUUUAUUUUGAGCUUAGCUAGGCUUAGUACCACAUCAGCCCCAGUUGUACAUAUAUUGGUCAUAGACGACGCUGUAUUUGUAAUAAAAGGUGGCAAGUUACUCAUAUUCUCUACUGUGAACACCAAUGUAAAAUAACACUGCACAACAAAGUUUUUGCUUCUUGAACAUUGUUGGGUGUUCCUUCUAGAUUUUUGCCUGCUAAUCACAAAAAUCACAUCCAGAUUUGCCCAUCACGUACCAUUUCAUCAAAAUCUUCAGUUUUGUCAUGUAUUUUUCCUCAUAUUUGUGUCCAAAAUUUAUUUCAGUAAGAGACUUAUCAACAAUGUUUGUACAGUCUGAGAAUGGAAUCAGGGCAGGUUGGAAACUGUUCUGUGGAAGUUUGCAGCCUGGGCAUGCCUGGACAGGCUGGAGACACCUUGACACUGCCUCAGUAGUAAAAAAAAUUGGCUUGCAUACAUAGAUGCUGCUCAUUGGGUUAAUAUAGAACUGAUAGUGUGUAUAUAUUGUUUCAGAAUAUAGCCUUGCCUCAGUAGCAAACAAGUAAGGUAGAUGCUAUAGACAUUUGCAGGACAAUUGGUGCCGGUCGAUAUGUCUUGUCAAUGUCUUAACUGCCGCAAUACAUUCUGCUAUAUUUGUUGUGAAUAUGUGUUUGCACCUCAUAGAUGCUCAAUGACUGCUCUAGUGAAGAAAGCAUAUCAUCUGUACUGCUGUAAAAUUAGUGAUCAAGACAAGUAAUGGGUGCUGUGUGUCUGAGACCCUGCCUCAGAGGCACUCGAAAGAUAAUGUCAUUUGCUGUCCCAAUCAUAUGGCAAGAACAGAAAGACCAUGUUAUGGAGUGUUGCUUAUAUUUGACUAAUGUGUCUGGUUUCUCUGCCAAAAAUAAGUAGUUAGUUGAAUACCCUAAUCUGCCUUCAGCAAUGAGACCCAUGCCGCAUGACCACAGUCUUCCAAUUCUGAAACCACCAGAGGAAUGUACCUUAUACGAGCCAUAUGAAGAAACUACAAUGCAGGGAACUGGCAGGGACAUUGAUCUGGAAUUUGAACUGUGCUCAUCUGGUGAUCUGUCAAAAGCAAAAGCCAAAUAGUUGGGUUCGAGACUGUUGGAAUGAUGUUUGAUGUCACCAGGUACGAAUAUUUAUGCUGACUACUGUUUAACACUGCAAUGAGAUGUACCUGACACUUAAUACAAAUGAAAAUCAAGAGCAAAACACUCCUAAUUAUGUUGAAUUUAAUAGCAUAUGAGAAACAUAAACGCGAUUAAAUACGUUAUUGCUGGUAAAGAGUUAACUGUCUAUUUCCCAGAUUUCUUACGUGAUGCAGAAAAACCAAAAUUAUAUUUGUGCAUACCGAACAGGUACUUGUCUCAAUUAGCAAAAACUUCCCAGGAAGUAAAACUUUUCAAAAAAAUUGUUGUGCAGUGUUUCAAGCCGGGGAAAACACAUUACUGUUUAUAGAUUGAUUAUACAAAAUUUAAUUUCCAUUUUUCUCAAAACUGUAAAUGGUAGAAAGAAACUGAAGUCAGAUUUGAAUUUGAAUCCAGCAGCAAAAACUUCUUUAGGAACAUCACUUUUCAUUUCUGAAGCAGAAAAAAAAUUGUUGUCCAGUGUAAUCAUUAAACUUAUGUCAAUUUCAUUUUCAAUUAUAAGGCCCUAUCUGUCCUGCUGAUUAGUGAUUUCAGCUUUUAUAGCUAUUUUGGAGUUAAAAUAUUGGAAGAAACUUUUAAUGUCAUCCUUAGCUUCCAAUGCAAUCUUCCAUUCUACAUUCCUCUUAGCGAGUCUAAUGUUUUUAACUCAACCUGUAGAUUUACAUUCUCCUUAGUUAAUUUCCAUUUUGUGGUAUGGAGCCCUUUUCCUCAUGACUUUAUUCUUACUUUCCUUAGCAAACCACCUUGGUUGCAGUUUCCUAGAUUUCAUUUUGCUGGAAACAAGUAUGAAGUCCUCUUGCACUUGCAACAAUAUGCUUUGAAAAAAUUCACAUCCCUCUUCAACCGUUUUGCUAUUUAACACCAUCCAGUUUACAGUUUCUAGUUUCAGUCUCAUACCAUUAAAGUUAUCCUUCCUAACAUUGAAGGCUAAUACCUGGCAGAUGAAAUUUAACAUAGAUAAAUGUAAGGUAAUUUAUGCAGGGAGCAGAAAUAUAAAGUACAGAUAUUUUAUGGGUUCCACGGAAAUAAAAGUAGCGUAUUAUGAGAAAGACCUCGGUGUGUAUGUUGAUGCUUCCAUGUCCCCCAGCAAUAAAAAAGGCCAAUAAGAUGUUGGGUUAAGUCAAAGGGAGGUGAUGCUACGAUUAUAUAAUUCCUUGAUAAGACCCCACCUAGAAUAUCGUGUGCAGGUUUGGUCACCAUACCUUAAAAAUGACAUUGCUGCCUUGGAAAAGGUGCAAUGUAGGGCUAGGAGAAUGAUUCCUGGUCUUAGAGAAAUGUCUUAUGAGGAGAGGUUAGCUGAGCUGAAUCUGUUUAGCCUAGAGCAAAGGAGAUUAAAGGGGGACAUGAUCCAGGUAUAUAAGAUUCUAACAGGUCUGGAUGCUGUUCAGCCAAAUGGCUAUUUCAAUAUUAGUUUAAAUACUAGAACUUGUGGCCAUAAGUGGAAAUUAGCGGGAGAACAUUUUAAAAUGAAUUUGAGGAAGCACUUCUUUACACAGCGUAUAGUCAGAGUAUGGUAUAGUCUUCCUGCUAAUAUAGUGCAAGUUAAAACCCUGGGUUCCUUUAAAUCAGAGCUAGAUAAGUUUUUAACAACUCUGAGCUAUUUGUUAAGUUCUCCCCAAACGAGCUUGAUGGGCUGAAUGGCCUGCUCUUGUUUGUAAAUUUCUUAUGUUCUUAAUGCCAGUUGUUCAGUCUCUUUCUAAUGCAUGCACCUUGGCAUCAACUGUGGCUACAGCUUCCUGUAUGACCCGUGAUGACAUUUUAGGAUUAUUUGAGACUUAUUUCAGGAUCUUGUGGUCUGCUCUUGGGCUGAACUUGCUUGGACAGCCUGACCUGGCCAUGCUAACAGUUGUUUUAAAUGUUCUCCACUUGUAAAUUAUUUUCCAGACAGUGGAAUGGCUGAUUCCAAACUCUUUUGAGAGCUUUUUAUAUCCUUCCCAGACUCAUACAUCUACAGGCAUUAUAUCUAUAGCCAUGUAUAUAACGCAUUAUGUGUUAUGCAUGUGUUCAUAGAUCAUGGCAUUCAUAGACAGUGUUGAUCUAUAUACUAUUUUGUUAUACAAUUACUACUUAUAAUGAUCACGGUUAUAGUGAUCAACUGCUUAUAUGGAUCAAAAAGCUUGGGACAGAAUAAUUCCUAUACAAAUACUGUUUAAAAAAUUCACUUAGUUCUACUCAAGUAGUCUGCUUACAGUGUUCAUUUUAUGUCUUUUAAUACAUGACAACAUAGGGUAAAAAUGAAAACUAUACUCAUUCUUUUUUUAUUAUUUUACUUUGAUAAGCCUACAAAGCUAAUUCUACAUGCACAGAAAACAUGACGGAAAUAAUUUUUUCUCUACGACAAAUAUUGACUCAUCAAAGCUUAUGAUGAACUGUCAAAAACUAGCCACCGAGAUACAAUGGCGAAACUUCAAUAAGCUAUAUUUUACGUACAGUAAUGUACUGCAUUGAAACGCUGAACAGACAGAGGAAUCAUGGCAGUGACGAAUGAAAAUGACGAGAGAUGGACCGAUAUGAAGUUGUUCUUUAUGUUAGUCUUUAAAAGGGUCCCGCAAGAAACGACAAUGACAUGAAAGGCAUGAAUGACAGGGAAACAUGGGGAAGUUACACUAAGGACGUUAAGGCACAUACAUGGUGGGUAAUUACACAAUGGCUAAGCCACGUGAGGAUCAGGCAAGAACUGUGUACAACCACAGUUACAGUAAGGGCGCAAGCAUAAAAUACACAGCACAAGAAGUACCUUCAGUAAUAAAUACAAACAGGGGCUAUAUACAAGACAUACACAUGGCUAUAUACACAAGCUUGUGAGGCAUGCUGGGACAUGCACAAUACAAUGCUACAAUAUUACAGCAUAUUUGAAUUAUACAUAGUUCAGCAAUUUAAUUUGUAAAGUACUGUAAUUAAGCAUUCUAAAGAGCUAUACUUUAUUUUGAAAAAAAUCAAUAAAAUUCUGUAAAUAGUGACACUGUCUGUUCUAUUAACUUAUAUUCAUAAUAAAUAUACAAAUGUCAGUUGUCUUAUAUACGAGGGGCGUUCAAUAAUUUAUCUACCUGGGUAUGAAAGAAAGGAGCAAGCAUGUUGAAACAAGUCUGGGCAUGUUGUCACAUGUCUUAAGGUUACUCAUCCACAGUUGUGGCUCAGUGGCAGUCUAACAUUUCAAGAGACAGGAUGUCCAAAGAGUCCUCAUACGAAUUAAGUAAGAAAAUGCUAGAUUUGGAGCAAUAAUCAGUGAUAAAGUUUCUCACAAAAGAAUGGAAGAAGCCAAAGGAGAUCUAUGAACUCAUGAUUGCAGUUUAUGGUGAGUCUGCCCCAUCAUCCUACCAAGUAAAAUUUUGGAGCAAGCAGUUUCAGUGGGGUAGAGAGUCCAUUGAAGAUGACCCUCACACUGGACGGCCAGUGGAAACAUCUUCCACAGAAAUGUGCAUAAAAGUUGAGGAUUUAAUUUUGUUAGACAGAUGACUUAAGGUUCCCCGAACAGCUGAAGGUUCAAGGCAGAAACAUCUGCAGGCAAAGUCAUGGCAGCUGUCUUCUGGGAUAUUGAAGGACUUUUGCUCCUGGAGUUCAUGCCACAUAAGACAACUAUAACUGGAGAGAGUUAUGAGAACACAAUGAUCACUUUUUGGGACUCAAUCAAGGCAAAAAGACAAAGAAAACUCACAGCAGGUGUGCAGCUUCUUCAUGACAAUGCGCCGGAUCACAUGUCACAUCAAUCACAGGCUGCCAUCCAAAACUGUGGGUUCCAAUAGCUGAACUAUCCACCCUACAGUCCUGACCUGACUCCCUCAGAUUAUUUCCUAUUCUUAAUUUUGAAGAAAUCCCUCUGUGACAACGAUUUUCAAAUUAUGAAGACAUCAAGGCAGCUGUGACGUCCUCGUUUGAAGGUCAAACAGAAGAUUCUUUUUCAGAGGGGUUAAGGUCAUUGCAGGAAAGGUGGAUGAAGUAUAUGGAGUUAUCAAUGGACUAUAUUGAAAAAUAAAAUCAUAAUUUUUUUGAAACUCUUUUCUUUCAUACUCAGGUAGAUAAAUUAUUGAACGCCCCUCGUAGUUAUAUGAUUGAGUCCCGUGUAUUUGAGCUGUAACAUGUAUUUCUAUAUGUAAAAUAAAUGUGAAAUGCUUAGUUUUGUUAUAUAAUUUCCAAAAUACAGUAUUGUGUUUGGCCAUGUACAGCUGCUUGAUUUAAUACAGCCCUGCAGAGCGUGUAGAAAAAAAUGCAAUUAAAAGCAUGUUUGUCAGUGGCAGAAUGCAUGUUAGAAUCAUUUACAUGCAACAUGCCCAUACUUUGGUAUUUCUCCAUCCAAAGUGUGCAUCUUGCUUAAACAUGCAUAAAACCCAGACUUAAGUCAAUGGUAGAAUAUGCUUAAGUAAAACAAAACACACAGCUACAAACUUUGAUUUGUGUGCAUUGGAGAAUAGAUCCCUUGGUGUCUUGUUUUCCCUCGGGAUGUCAUCCAAUGACUUUUAACAUGUUUUUUGCACCUGCCCAGAAAAUAUGCAUUCCUCUCUCUUUUACAUUUCAUGAGUUUAUUGUAAAAUCUAUGACUGUGUACUGCUGGAAAUCCUAGCUCACUCACUAGAAUUAAACUAGCCAAUAUUUUGUAGUAUGAUUAGUGCAAAAAACGUUGUCAUACAAAAAUGUUGUAUAAAAAGUAAGGUUUAACAAAAAUUGCAUGAAUGUACAAAGUCAGAAGUAGUUGCAACAAUCUCAUGUGAUAGUAAUUGCUUUUGAACUGGCUGUUUGGCUGUUUCAUCUCCACCAAGCUUCAUUUCAUAAGCACGCUACUAUUAAAAUUAUGAUGGGAGACAAAUGCAUCAAAUGGAGUGCAGUAAAUGUAAAAUAAAAUAAGUUCAGACAAUUUUUUGGCAGAGAACUAGUAGUCUGACAUUCCAGAACUCUACAGCUAUGUCAGCUUAUCUAACUGUAUUUUCAUAAAAUUCUAUAAAACUAGUUAUAGGAGUACCAAUUUGUUUAAGCUAGGCUAACCCUAAUCAUUUUUGUUUAUUGUUAUUUAAAACACUGUUACUACCUUAUAAUAAAAAAACUAGUUUUAUUGUUAUCGAGGGAAAAGCCAGCUUGCCUUGUCCCUUUUUGGCCAGAAUCUGCCUUGUUUUUGUUUGCCAUGACAAUAGGGGAAAAUGGCAAGACAGAGAUAAUUAUAAAGUUGUGUGAAAAUAAGGUAAAUGUGUUCUGAAUUAUAGAUUUUAAUACUUGCCAUGCUGUUUUAAGGUCAUAAAGCUGUAGAAGUAAGUUAAAGUCA